GCAGAGAACAAUGCUUAUUUAACGUUCAGCGGGAAUGGAGUAAAGACUUGGCGGUUAACCCAAGAUUUUACGAGAAUUUCAUUCAGCAGAAUUCCAAGACAACGAAUUAUUGUUCGGGAAACCGAUAGUGAUUAUCGAAGAAUAGCUACACCAACAAAACAAAUUCGCAGCAUGAGGAAGGGAUAUCUGUGCUGGAUAAUAUUGACAAUCCUCACUUUGCCAGCUUUUAGAAAAGGAAGUACAGUUCAAUCAAGUGUCAGUGUUACAGGAGGCAAAACUAAGUCAGACAAGCCCUCUACAUUUGUUUCAUCGAGUACGACCAUUACAAAAUUAACCACUCCAAUUGUUUCGAGCGUGACUGUUCAAACGUCGACGUUGAAAACUAUUGAUGCGGCGAGAAAAAACACUUCAUCUACCACCACAAUUGUUGCUGCCCCAACAAAAGCUUCAAGUGCUACAAUCAUGAUACGAAAAACUUCAAAUUUUGAAAUGACCACUGAAGGUACUGCAGUAACUGCACCCACAUCAUCUCAGACAAGCAAAGACACAUUUGCCAAAAAAGGUGUGAAAGGGGAAAACAAGCGUUAUAUUAUUUAUGUUGGAAUCAUCAUAGCACUGACAAUGUUCGUAGCAAUUCUGCUGAUGGUCAUUACAUACUAUUUUUAUCGAAACCGAACAUUGAAACUCUCCAUUGCCAGGAAGGCAAAUGAUAGCAAAGGCAUCGAGGAACCUGUUGAUUUGCUGCCUGAUGAUGGAGAUGGCGAGACGAUCGAGAACAAGGGAGAGGAAGCCGGAGAUACAGCCACAAAACAAGAUGGAGAAAUAACCGAAAAACAAGAUGAAGAAGUGAACGAAAAACAAGAUGAAGAGAUAUCCACAAAGCAAAGUGAAGAAAUGACUGCCAAGCAAGAUGAAGAGGUAACCCCAAAUCAAGAGAAAGAAAUAACCCUUAACCAAGAUGAAGAAAAAACAACGAUUGAGCAAGAUGAAGGAAUAAGCGAAAUUAAGCUUGAUGAGGAAAUAACCAAAGAGCAAGAUGAAGAGAUAAACGAGGUACAAAGCGAAGAAAUAAAUAAAAUUUGGAAUGAAGCAAUUUCUACAAGCCCGGAAAUAACCACAGAGCAAGGUGAUGAUAUGGUCAAUCAGCAAGAUGAAAAAGAAGCUUAUAAUCACGAUAACGUAAUGACUGUAAAAGAAACUGAAUUUUGAUUGAACCACAAUAGAGUUACUUGAAGUGGUGAAUGUUUUGUCGUACAUUUUACGAGGUUUAUAUCAUAUCAUCACUUUUAUUAGAAUAUAUAUAAUGUAAUAUCACAAUUUUUUAUUAGAAAUACGUCGAACAAUAUUAUAACUGGGUAAACAUCGAUGGUGAAAGACUAAAAAUUUUAGACUCGUUAUAUUAUCCAAAUUUCUAAACAGAUAAAGGCUCAAGAUUCCUUUUUUUAUCUAGAUGAAUAAUCGUUACCUGUCCAAACGAGAUAAAUUCGUUCAUCACAGUGUAAUACUGAGUUGUAUUGGGGACAACAUGCACAGUAAAUGCAAAACCUGUAAAGUUUUACGCCAUGUAGCUAUUUCUGGCCAGGUAUAAACCUUCUUCUGUUUAAAAAAAAUCCAUUUAUGGGGUAGUCCAAAGCUGCAACAGAGGUCUGGUCAAAGCUAAAUUGACAGUACAUUAUGGGGCUGUAAUGAGGACUAAAUAACACAUGCGUGCAUUCUCAAACUAACGUAAAACUGUCACCAUGCCUUCGUCUACUUGCAAAUUCGGAAUAGCUAGUUACAAUAAUCAGUGGUGGAUUCAGGGAAAGUUAGAAUAAAUUACACGACCUAAUUUCAAAUUUAAAUUUUGGUUAAUUAGUGGUUAGGGAUGACGCUGUAACU